GAAUAAAACCUGAUCCAUCGUUGCGUAGAGAAUUAACUGAAAUGAUCUUUUGAAAGGUUAACCUCGUUAAAAUUUGAUUACCUCAUUUUCCCGUGAUUUGAAUUAUCAAAGGGAGUGUUGACUUGCACGGGAGUUGUCUGAACAGCUGUUCGACGCAGGUCCCCGUUUCCCCUCUGUGCCGUUUCCAUAGCAAUCGAUUGCUGCAGCUUCCAUGACACUUUUCAAGUUCAUUACGGCACACAGUAUCCACCGUUCGCUAGCCGUAACGAGAAAUCCCCAACGGUUCUGCUUGGAACUCUAUCGAAAGGACUUCCCGGCCGGUUGUUCGCGCACCAUGACGACGACGGGUGCCUCCUGUGUUCGCGAGACUGAAGGUGACCUGUUCGGUGCACCGAAAGAUCACUCCCUGGCACACUGUGUAGCGGCCGAUCUGAAGAUGGGUGGAGGUAUUGCGGUUAAGUUUAAGCAGGUAUUCGGCAAGGUGGACGACCUGAAAGCGCAGAUGGUCGGGGUCGGCGGGGUAGCGGUGUUAUAUGACCCACCACGGUACGUCUACUAUCUCGUCACGAAAAACUCCUCCUACCAGAAGCCAACCUAUGCCGACCUCCGCAAAUCUUUGGAAGCGAUGCGACAGCACAUGGCGGCAAACGGCGUCGGUAAGCUGGCCAUACCACGCAUCGGAUGUGGCAUCGAUGGGCUCGAGUGGGACAAGGUGAAGGAGAUGCUGAACAGCGUGUUCGCUGACGGGGACAUCGGCAAGUACGAAAUUGUGGUCUACAAUUUCGUUCCAAAAUGAGCGCCACUUCAAUGAAUCAACACACCGGCGUAUGUUCCUUACUUUCGGUACAAAAACUGUCGAAUCGGAUGAUGGUAAUAAAAACGGAAAAUCUCUGAA